AGCUGGCGCUCUGCGCACGCGCGGGCACGUGCUCUGCGUGUUGCUGUAGUUACCGAGAAUCAGCUGUUCGGGGGGGUUACCUGCUGCUACACUGAAAUGGCCGGGAUAAAAGCUCUCAUCAGCCUAUCCUUUGGCGGAGCCGUUGGCCUCAUGUUCCUCAUGCUGGGCUGUGCGCUCCCAGUGUACGAUGAGUACUGGCCCCUUUUCGUCCUCUUCUUCUACGUGCUUUCUCCCAUCCCGUACUGCGUGUCACGGAGAGUAACCGACGACACAGACGCCACCAGCAACGCCUGCAAGGAGCUGGCCGUGUUCCUCACCACGGGCAUCGUGGUGUCCGCCUUCGGGCUGCCCGUCAUUUUCGCCCGCGUUCACGUGAUCGCUUGGGGAGCGUGUGCGCUCGUAGUAACAGGCAACAUCGUCAUCUUCGCCACCAUUCUGGGAUUCUUCCUCGUCUUUGGCUCCAGUGAUGACUUUAGUUGGCAACAGUGGUAAAAAUCCUUUCUGGGUGGACUUGCUUUAAUUUUUAAUUCUAGUCCCUGGUUUUAUUUAAAUGAACUGCCAUCUGUUGAGUUGAGGUAAAGGCGUGUGUAGUAACCAGUGAUCUGGUUUCAUAUGGACUCGAUAAGUUUAUUAUUAUUUUUUUCUUGUAAGAUGAAACAUCCCUCAAAUAAUUAGAGAAAAGGCUGCCGAGGAAGCGAAAUGGGUUGUUAAAUCCGAUCCCGGUAAUUACACAAACUAAACUAUGUUCCAUAUCUCUUCCUGGCCUCCCUCUAACCAAAUUUUAGAUUAAGAGCUCAUUAAUGUAAAUAUUUACCUUCUGAGGAUAGAGGCCCCUUAAAAUGCCUGCGGAUGCUGUUUUACUUUAUACAGAUUGCCUGUGAGUUAAUGGGUUUUACAAGGCAGUUUUAGAAAUGAAAUGUUGUAUCAGUGAGUGAUGGACUGAAACUCUAUAUGCGUCCCUGAAGGUGUGUGACCUGUCACCCGUCUGUGUUCAGCCGUACACAUCCUCUUCACCUCCACUCUGAUGCCCCUUGAUUAUGCGCUCCUGUAGUGACGGUCAUUGGCACUGGUGGCCCAAAGGCCAUGAUGUUUUACUCCUGCCAAGAGGCAAAGGGGACGCUGCUUGUGUCGUUUUCAUACUACAUUUGAAGAGUUGGGCCUAAAAGAGAAUCGAAGUCGACCUUGGCUUAUAUUGGCCCACGGACAGACACAAAGGCACAAGUAUGAAUAAACCUUAUGCCUCGUUAGGUGGAUGAAAAGCUUUACUGCUUCUCUAAAUGCUGUGGAUGUCCCCCUUUCCCUUUGGAAAUGUUCAGUCUCAGAGACAUUUCACUAUAAACGCUUAGCUUUGAAUGUAAGUUAACGAUUAGUGACAGCAGUUUCGGGACAUGACGCUUUCCGAGACACAGCUUGUACUACACUGGCUUACGAGAUGAAGUUGGAGUAAAUUUUGAAACAAUAUCAUCCCAGCGCGAUUUAAAUAGAUUACCGUACGCGUAGGUGUUUAGCAAGGUACAGUUACAGUGGUUUUCUUAAAUCCAUUAUUCGCCACAGAUUCCGUUGUUUGUUAAUAAGCUGACAGAAUCAUCUUCAGUCUCACCACCAAAUAAGAGGGAGUUUUCAUUUAGUCUCAUUAUAAAUUGACUAUGCCUAUAAGUAACCGAGCUUCAGACAUGGUUAAAAUAUAACUACACUGGCAUAAAAGUUAUCAAACAUACGAUGAUGCAGGUCACUUGUAUAAUUUCUGAAACUCUAAGGAAACAGUGGUUUCCAUGUGUCACCAUCGGUUAGUUUGUGUUUCAGAUUGGUUGGAUCUCUCUAUAAGCUCCCUUUGCUCAUGUACGAAGAUCUAUCCCGCUGCAUCAUGGCAUAUUUUAAUUUCCCUCAUUCCGGCGUUCACUACGGCACAGUUUUCCGGUAGUUUAUUCAUGCGAUGCUUCCAAAACCUCACCGUAUUAUGGUCCACAGCAUGCUAACAGUGUUCUUACGUCCUUUGUGUUUGAGUUUUGCCAUGUCAUUGAAUUAUUUGCAUUAUUUAUAUAAGCUAUUGUUUUGCACUUUUUAAAAUUCUUUGUUUAUUUUGGAUUACAUGGUCUGCAUAUGUAUCCCAUGAUGCAACCCUUGAAAUAUGAAGACACGUUUAAACCAGUUGCAUCUUGAUGUUAUCUGACAUAUAAUCUGAUUAUUCUGAUGCAAGUGGCUUGUUUGAUAACUGAAGUCAAAUCAAGUCCAUUCAACAGUAAUCUUCUUGUAUAUACACUAUAAGACCAUCUGAAUGCUGCACAGUUGAUCCAAAACGUAAGAUACUUUGCCUCACUGUGAAUAUAUGUUUAGCACAUGGUUUUGCGAGAUGCUCGGUCUGUGUGUGGAGUAGGCUGAGGAUGAUCCUGUCUUAAUUUCGUGUUAAACCUGUAUCUCUGUAUUCUUUAACGUAUGCUGGAAAUAAGUGAUUCAUGAAAGGGAAGUCGUGCAGGUUUGUUACAGCUGAUGAAGUGGAUAUGCAUAUAAAACGUUACUUUUUUUGGUUGUUUUCUAUGUUACUUUUACACUUCUUGUCAGUUUAUUAAUUUUGAAGCAAUUAUGUAGGUUUUGUUUAUUUAUGAGGAUGUAUAUGUAAAAUGCCCUGAACGAUGUUGUGUUGAAUUGGGAACAUUUUGAAGGGAAAUAAACCUUUUUUUGGAUACCUUU